CUCGCCUGAAACUGCCAUUGUACUUUCAAGCUUAAUAGGUCCUACAAGAGCAAGCAAACAUGGAGUCCGAAACCCUCGAACAAAUGCAAGCUCGGCAUCGCAAGGAGCAAAGAGACCUUGUGUCACGCAUCACAAACAAGAAGAAGAACGCGACCAAGAAGACACGCAAGGGCGUCAAUGAUGAAUGCGCCCAAUUGGAGCUCGAACUGAAAGCGAGACAAGAGGAGGAGCUCAGGAAGCUGCAAGGAGGUGACGACAAUGACGACAACGACGAGCAGGUCCAGGAGCUUGAGGAAGAGCAAGACGUUGAAGAACCAACAGUCAACGAUGUGACUGAGAAGCUACAGAAGACCACCGUCUCCGAACAGUCGAGUAAAACAAGUCCCCCUCCUCCGGUAGAGCAGUCCUCCAGCGGCGGAGGAAAGAAACGAAACCGCCAGAAGGAGCGUCUCGCCCGUCGCCAAGCGGAAAUAGAAGCUGCUUCGGCAGCAGCCGAGAAAGAGGCCUCGAGCAUGGUGGACCAUCGCGGUAUCGAAAAGGCAUAUAUGUUGCGCGAAUUCAAGGCGCAUUCUUUGGAAGAGAAGGACAUCGAACCCGAUGGGCACUGCCUCUUCUCCGCAGUGGCAGAUCAGCUUGCUGUCCACGGGCUUCCAGUAGAUGGGGCCUUGUCCGCGAACAAGGGAGCGCAAACACAAGAGAAGCUGCCGCCUUAUAGGAUCGUGCGUCAUGUGGCGGUUGACUACAUGGAGAAACACACGGACGAUUUUGCGCCUUUUCUCGAGGAGCCCUUCGAGACCUACGUGGCCAAGAUACGAGACACAGCAGAGUGGGGUGGGCAGCUGGAGCUGACGGCGCUGGCAAACGCGUAUAACGUGGAGAUCAGGGUGGUGCAGGACGGUCGGACGGAGGUGAUACAACCCAACGCUGUCGCAAAUGGGGAGAGCAACGGGGACAAGGAGGAGCUGAAGGUCCUGUGGUUGGCGUACUAUCGUCAUGGAUAUGGCCUUGGAGAACACUUCAACUCGCUACGCAAAGCAGCUGUUUGAGACCAUGAUUUGCCAAAAGGCGAGUUAUCAAGCAAACGAUAAAAGUGCCACUCUCCCUGUUGCUAGGUUGCUCUUUCGCACACACAAAGUAACUGUAACCGAAAAGGUUUCCCCCG